UAAUUUCUUUACAUUUUGGACAUUGGUUCUAAUUUAGUACUAGUUAUUUUAUAUUAACAUGCAUGGAAAAUAAUGAUAAUGCAGGUUCAGAAUCUUAUAGAGAGAUGCUUGCUAUUUCAUAUGAGUCAAGAUCAGUGCAUAAAGGCAUUAGCUGAACAUGCAGGAAUCAAGCCACUUGUUACACUUACAGUGUGGAAAGAACUGCAAAAGGAGAAUAAGAAAUUCUUUAGGGACUAUUUUCAAGUUACUACUCCAACCAGAAAGCCAUUCUUCAGCAGAUAUUGUAAAAGGGGACCAAGUUCAGCAAGAAGGAAAAACUGGAAAUAA